AUGCAUCAGGGAGAACCUGUCAACAGCGGGAUACCUCUGCACGCCCCGAUACCCGUCUCGGGUUACUCUACCCUGCUUGCCUCGAACACUGGCGACACGCAGGCGCUUGCUUUCUCUCCGCACGGCUACCCUGCGCCGGUCGAGGAAACGAAGCCUCACAUUGGGGAGCAGACGAACCCUCUCGACGUCUACCUGCACGCUCCCCAGGUCCUCUUCCCGACGCCGUCUGAGCUUCUCACGGACCUCAACGCCCGUGAGCGUGAAGCUCGUGACGGGAGCGAGGCCGCCGGCAAAGGCGCCCCGAAGCCCACGGCCCGUUCCCCCACAACUCCGCGAUCGAAAACCGACGUGGAGGAGCCCGAGAACCUCAAUCAGCGCAAGCAAUACUUUCGUUCGGUGUCCGACAACGUCGGGUUCAGUAUCACGGAUCCCGACACGAUCACGUCGCACGACAAGAAGAGAUGCUAUCUCGAGUGCCUCGAAGAAUACGUGCAGUGGAUGCACGACCAGCUCCGCCUAGUCGGUCAGGAGCCUAUCCAGGUUGAGCGCGUCUCGUCCUACCGCGGCCUCAAGAGCCGGUCCAUCCGGACCAUGCUUGUUCGUAAGCAGGAAGACAUCGGCAAGCUCAAUCAGCACAAGAAACAAGAGGAGCAAAAGUUCAUGCAGCUUCAGAAUGAGCUCGUCAUGCGACAGAUGGCGGAGGAUCCUCAGCUUCAGCCUAGGAGACAAUCUAUCGCGAUGGGCGCUGUGCCGAACACGGUGCAUGGGUUCUCUCGCGACGGCUAGUGACGAUCGGUCUAUUCUACGUUAGCAUUGGCCCCGGUAGUCGCGCACUUCGAUCUUGUACUAUCUUGGCUCUCCCGAACAUCAGUCGACGCUUGCUUGGUUGACUGUACAGCUUCUCCUCCGUCCUCGCGCAUAUAUGGCUGUAUCUUCCCAUUUGUACGUUGUCCUCUGCCGUCUUCUGCUCAAUGCGGAAUAUUCUACUCAAGCUCCGAUGAAUAUACUCAAUGCGAG